AUGGAUUCCAGCAUCAGCGAAGAGAAUAGGCGUGUUCUCGGCUGGAUUGCAGAUUUAAUGAAUGGCUCGUCACGAGAAGCAGCAUUACUUGAACUUAGUAAAAAGCGGGAGCAAGUUCCUGAGCUGGCCUUGAUUCUGUGGCAUUCUUUCGGGGUUAUGACGUCUUUGCUUCAAGAGAUCAUCUCCGUUUAUCCACUGUUGAAUCCGUCGCAGCUCACGGCUGCCGCUUCAAAUCGCGUUUGCAACGCGUUGGCACUGCUUCAAUGUGUGGCAUCACAUAACGAAACCCGAGGCCUUUUCCUCAACGCGCAUAUUCCUCUCUUUCUCUAUCCCUUCCUCAACACGACAUCCAAGUCUCGGCCGUUUGAGUAUCUCCGUCUUACCUCGCUCGGAGUGAUCGGCGCGCUGGUAAAGAAUGACUCUUCUGAGGUCAUCAACUUCCUUCUUACGACCGAGAUUAUUCCUCUUUGUCUCCGCAUCAUGGAAACUGGCUCAGAGUUGAGCAAGACUGUGGCCAUCUUCAUUGUGCAGAAGAUCCUCCUCGACGACCUUGGCCUUGCAUACAUCUGCCACACUUACGAGCGAUUCUAUGCUGUGGGCACUGUCUUGAGCAAUAUGGUCAACCAGCUUGUUGAGCAACAGACGGUUCGGCUUCUCAAGCAUGUCGUACGAUGUUUCUUGAGAUUGAGCGAUAAUGCACGAGCACGGGAAGCUCUCCGUCAAUGUCUGCCUGAGCCUCUCCGCGACGCGACUUUCUCGUCGGUUCUACGCGACGAUGCAGCAACAAAACGAUGCCUCGCCCAGCUUCUUAUCAAUCUUUCCGACAAUGUUGUGGAUGCUUCUGGCAACCAAGGGUUGUAA